AUGGAGUCUACUUUGGAGGCUGCAUUGUUUUUGAUACUUGUGGCUGCAGCAGCGGCCCAGAAUGAGCAUUGCAUGUGUGCAACAAAUAAACGGGCACAUUGUGCCCUGGACUCUGGUAGCUGCAUCUGCACAGCAGCUGGUUCAGGUCAGAGACUGGAUUGCUCGACGCUGACUUCAAAAUGCCUGCUUAUGAAGGCAGAAAUGAACACUCGAAAACCCAGGCACUUUCCCAAGCCCGAGCAUGGCUUUUUGGACAACGACGGACUUUAUGAUCCAGACUGUGAGGCCAGUGGCAUCUUCAAAGCUAGGCAGUGCAAUAAGACGGAUACUUGUUGGUGUGUCAACAGCGCCGGAGUAAGGAGAACUGACAAGGGUGAUAAAAACAUGAAAUGCACUGAGCUUGUCAGAACAAGCUGGAUCUUCAUUGAGUUAAAGCACAAAGAGCGAGAAUCUGCCUUCUCUGAGACCGAAAUGGCAAACAGUCUUCGGCAAUUCAUUCAGAACCGGUACAACCUUCAUCAAAAGUUCAUCCCAACGAUCAAGUAUGACUACCCAUUCAUUCUUAUUGACUUGAAACAGAACAAUUCAGAGAAGUCUUACAGAGAUGUCGAUAUUGCAGAUGUAGCCUAUUACUUUGAAAAAGACAUCAAGCAUGACCCCAUUUUUCAUGCUGGUGAUGCUUUUAAUCUCUCUGUCAAUGGAGAACCUCUAGAUAUUGAAGAGAUCCUAAUCUACUACGUUGAUGAAAAACCCCCGAAGUUCUCCAUGAAACGCCUGACAGCUGGCCUGAUUGCUGUAGUGGUGGUGGUGAUCUUGGCCAUUAUUAUUGGGAUUACUGUGCUGGUGAUUUCCAGGAGAUGGAGGACUGGAAAGUAUGAGAAGGUUGACAUUAAGGAACUGGAAGUAAUGAAAAGAGGACAAAGUGCACAUGCGCCUUAA